AUGAGUUCCAGAAAUAAAAGAAACAUCUGCUCAUCCCUGACGAUUGCGCUAUUUGUUCUGCUUGUUCUCGUCACAGUGGUGGCUGUGACCUUCAUUUAUCUUUUCUUUGCGAAAGCUGAAAAAGCAUCAACAGCUGAAUCAACCCCACCUGAAGAACCUACAAGCUAUUAUCGUAUUGGAGCUGGCCGUGCGGAUUGCACAGGGCCAAUUGCAGAAGUGCCUUUGAUGGGAUAUGCCAAUCCAGAGCAAACUGCAGCAGGACUCCAUACCCGCCUGUACAGUCGAGCUUUUAUUGUGGCAGACCCUAGCAGUUCAAAGAGGGUGGUGUUUGUCACCGCUGACAUUGGAAUGGUAUCUCAGAAGCUCAGAUUAGAGGUUCUAAAAAGACUGAAGAGCAAAUACAGAGAUCUCUACAGGCAAGACAAUGUUGUCUUGAGUGGGACUCACACCCACUCUGGCCCUGCAGGUUACUUUCAGUACACUCUCUGUUUGAUCACAAGCAAAGGUUACAUCAAGCCAUCCAUCAAUGCCUUAAUUAAUGGCAUAACAAAGAGCAUUGAUAUUGCACACAACAACAUGAAAGCAGGAAGAAUAUUUAUAAAUAAGGGAGAAGUGGAAGGCAGCAACAUAAACAGGAGUCCCUAUUCUUACUUGCAGAAUCCACAAGGAGAACGAGCCAGGUACAAAUCAAAUACAGAUAAAGAACUGGUCCUACUCAAAAUGGUGGAUCUAGAUGGACACAACAUUGGAACUCUGAGCUGGUUUGCUGUCCAUCCUGUCAGUAUGAACAAUACUAAUCACCUGGUUAGCAGUGACAACAUGGGCUAUGCAUCUUACCUGUUUGAACAGGAGAAGAACACAGGCUCUUUGACUGGGGAGGGACCAUUUGUGGCAGCGUUUGCUUCCUCCAAUUUGGGAGAUGUCUCUUCGAACACAAUGGGCCCUCACUGCGUGAACACGGGCGAAACAUGCAACAAUCCUGACAGCACCUGUCCUGUUGGAGGACCUUCAAUGUGUAUGUCUGCGGGUCCUGGGAAGGACAUGUUUGAAAGCACUGCAAUCAUUGGACAGCACAUCUACAAUAAAGCAAAGGAAUUGUCCAGAACAGCCACGAGAGAAAUAAAAGGUCCUGUCAACUUUGCUCAUCAAUGGGUUAACAUGACUAGUGUCACAGUGGAAUUCAAUUCAACACAUUCAGGUCACACGUGUAAACCUGCCCUUGGGUACAGCUUUGCUGCUGGCACAACUGAUGGCGUCGGAGCCUUUAACUUUACACAGGGAACCAUCGAAGGAGAUCCAUUUUGGGAUGCUAUCCGUGACAUGCUCCUGGGAGAACCAUCCAAUGAGACGCAGGAUUGCCACCAUCCCAAACCAAUCCUUUUCAGUACAGGAGAAAUGACAAAACCUCUACCUUGGCAUCCGGAAAUUGUGGAUGUGCAAAUUCUUACCCUUGGGACAUUGGCGAUCGCAGCUAUUCCUGGAGAGUUUACCACAAUGUCAGGAAGAAGACUGCGAGAAGCCGUGAAGCAUGAGCUUGAAUCCACUGGGUCAUUGAAGAAUGUUGAUGUCGUUGUUUCAGGGCUAUGUAAUGUUUAUACACAUUAUAUCACGACAUAUGAAGAAUACCAGGUUCAACGCUAUGAGGCUGCAUCAACUAUCUACGGACCUCACACUCUUUCAGCCUACAUCCAACAGUUUAAAGGUCUGGCUAAGGCCAUAGCAGAGGAUUCUGUCGAUCAGUUGCCUAAAGGUCCAGAACCACCUAAUUUUUCUGACAAGCAGCUAAUCUCAUUACUGUUCCCGAAUCCAGUUGAUAAAACGCUGGCUAAUACAUCUUUUGGUGAUGUACUAAUAGACGUGCAAGGAUCAUACAGACCGGGAGAUAUUGCAGAAGUGACUUUUGUGAGUGGGAAUCCCAGGAACUCGGUGGCUUCUAUGGCUGGUGGAACGUUUCUAACAGUAGAAAAGUAUGAGAAUGACACUGGCAAUUGGAUUGUCAUGUACAAUGAUGCUUCCUGGGAUACCAGAUUGUACUGGAACAAAGCACGUAAUGGUUAUAGCAAUGUCACAGUGGCCUGGCACAUCCCACAUACUGCAGAGCUCGGAAUGUACAAAGUGAGGCAUUUUGGCCAUUUUAAGACACUAAAGUUUCUGAAACCAGUCUUCACUCCUUAUGAGGGCUCCUCUUCCCCUUUUGAAGUGAGAAAGUGAAACGCAUAAACCACUAAAAAUUAUGUCUACAUUUUGCAAUUUAAAUUUUAUUUGAUUUUUACCGUUGGGCAGUGAAUUUAAAAGAAAAUAAACCUGUGCAUUAUA